GUACACAGUUAUGCUAGAUGUCUGCAUACAAAUUGCAAUUGCAAUUGCGAUUGCGUCGAAAUGAAAAUGACGUGCAGUUGCAAACAUAGGCCUAUUUGAUGUUUGCAGCAUGUUUCGAUUGAGAAAAUUUGAAAAUUGAAAACAAUUAUUAUAUAAAGUAAUUAUUUUUUUAUAUUAUUGCAUUUUAUAUAGGCCUAGAUUUUAUUUGUUUUGUUCGGUAAACAGAAAAACACUUCAGUCUGAGUGUUUUGAUAUACCCUGGGGAUUCCAUUCUGUGCAACAAGAGGCCCCCCGCCUUACACGUUCUCCUGUAGUCAGAAGUGCUCAGGAUUGGUCAGGCUCUGAUCAGCUGGUCCGUUUCCCCGCGGUCUCAGAUUGGCACUUCGCCACCUCCUUUCGGCUAAAACCAAAUCUCAGAGAAAGUAAUGGCAAAAACCACUUGGACUAUAAAACACAACAAAUCAUAACACUCGGACAAUAACACUGGCCACCCCAUGAGUUCCUAUUUCGUCAACUCAACUUUUCCCGUGUCUCUACCCGGAGGACAGGAGUCUUUCUUGGGUCAGAUACCGCUCUAUUCCUCUGGAUAUACAGAUCCUUUAAGACAUUAUCCAAGCGCUACGUUCGGAGCUACCAAUGUCCAGGACAAGGUUUACACCUCCUCGUAUUACCAGCAAGCUGGGGGCGUUUUUGGGAGAAGCGGAUCCACCAGUGCUUGUGACUACACAACAACACCCAACAUUUACCGAACCGCUGACCGCUCGUGCGCUAUCGGAGGUCUGGAAGACCCGCUUGUCCUAACCCAGGACCAGUGCAAGACGGACUGCACUGAGCAGGGUGCAGACAGAUAUUUUAACAGUGAAGACAAACCGUGUACCGCGGUUUACCCGUGGAUGCAGAGGAUGAACUCGUGUAAUGGAAUGUCUGGCAGCACUGGCCGCAGGGGUCGUCAAACCUACACUCGGUUUCAGACUCUUGAACUGGAAAAGGAGUUCCACUUUAACAGAUAUUUGACCAGAAGACGAAGAAUUGAAAUAUCGCACGCUCUGUGUUUGACGGAACGACAGAUAAAGAUAUGGUUCCAGAACCGUAGAAUGAAAUGGAAAAAGGAGAAUAAAGUGCUGAACUCCGCAAAGGUCAGCGAAGAUGAGGAUGGUGGAAAGGCGGGAUAAAUGAGAAAAAGCAGCUUACGUCAAAAGCCCUAGAAACACUGUACAUAACAUGUAGCCUUUAGUUUUAAUUAAUAAGUACUGGUCUGUCCAACAAGCAAAAAGCUACCCUAAUAAGUGUUAUGUUGACAUAAAAAGCUUCAAGAGAAGACUCUCUUUUUCAUUAAAACAGGCGUCUGAAUCACCUCUGUAAAGAUAUGGGAGGUGCUUAUAUAUAGCCUAUUUUGCUCUAUUUGGCAUAAAGAAAUUAGAAAAAAUUUUCUUGCUGUUUGAACAUUUAUGACUAUAAUUUGAAUUAAAAAAUAAACUCAAAGUUUAAAACUUCGGGAUUGAAAUGAAAAGGUUUUACAUUAAAUAUGUAUUUAAAUCCGUUCUGUGCUAGAAAAAGAAGAAAAUUGGACAUUUUGAUGCUUAAUUUAUUGGGUCGUCACUUUUGUGUUUGUGUAUGUGAAUGCACUGAGAAUAGCCAAAUAUCAUACUUUGUUAGCAAUGUCAUUUUGUCAAUAAAAUUGAUUGUUUAACAAUUAA